AUGAUGGUUAAUACACGGCUUUAUCGAGCUGGCUCGAUAACGGACUCUCGAGUCCCCGCGCGGACGGUGAUAAAAUUUCUUCGGCGUCGCAGUUUUAUAACGAUCUCGCAAGAAUAGAGCGGCCGGCUUCAUUACCGCGGUAAUGCCUAUACAUUACGCGCAGUUAUAUACGAGUUUCUAUUAUCCUAAGUUUCAAUUUACCGCACUUUACCUGUGCGUGCGAUCAUCCCGUUUCUUAGCGGCGGACGCUGCGCCGUUUAAUUGGGCGAAAUAGACGGGGCGCGAUCGUAUCGCGUCGCCACGCCGACAUACCGAAAAGACGUGUGCGAACUAACGUGUAAUUAUAUGGUGGGUGUCUCUCUCCCGUAUGCCGCGGCUAUCGUCGAACACGUCCCAUUAACAAGUUCAUAAUCGUAGCAGCAACUGUUAUCCGUACACGAUACGCCCGGGCAAUUGAUAGGAGAUUUCGAGGAAGAGCGCGUCUUGGCUCCGCGCGCGAAGAGAAUCUCUCCGGCUACUCCGCUCGCCGAGGCAACGGAACAAAAGGAAGAAGAGGCCAAUCCUUGCCACCUUUUUCGUGUGCUGCCUUUUUCUGGCUCCACUGCCCGGAUCAACGUCCGUGAAAGAUAUCGCGAACAGUUUCUAACGUGGUCGCCGGAGGGUCCUCCUCACGAGGUGGCUGGUAAUUUAUACGUUUAUCUCAUUCCGUCAAUAUUUAAAGAAGGACGCGCGGCUACGGUUCGUCCGGUGCCCGCUUCGGGAUCCCAUUUGGGAAUGGCCGCGGGAGAGCAGCUUUCGUCGCACCGGCUAGAUUUAUGUCGAGCAAAGUGCACGCGGCCAAUUUAACGUUAAUACGCGUAUCGUCGUUAAGAUCAGGAAAAAGUGUUCAGCUUAUCGACGUGCGAAUAUCUUUCGACAGCGAUGG